AUGUCACGAUCAGGAACCACCCUUUAUGUCACUGGCUUCGGCCAUGGCACUCGAGCCCGCGAUCUCGCCUACGAAUUCGAACGCUAUGGCCGCCUGGUUCGCUGUGAUAUUCCCGCGCCACGAACCCCUUCAAGUCGCCUAUUUGCCUUUGUCGAAUACGAAAGUCGUCGCGAUGCCGAUGAUGCCUACCAUGAAAUGCACAACAAACGCAUUGGCCGGGAUGACCUGCUAAAGAUCGAGGCUCAUAUUUUCCACCAGUGGGCGCGUACCCCGCCCUCCGCAUCUUGGAGAUUCGAUUCUGGCCGCGAGCCUGGCCGUGAUUCUGGCCGUGAUUCUGGUCGUGAUUCUGGUCGCGACUCUGGCCGCGAUCGUCGCCGCGAGCGUACACCUCCUCGUCGGGGUCGAUCCCCUUCGCCUCGUCGCAGCCGCGGCGAUUACUCUCCCAGACGCGAUGACCGCUAUGAGCGAGACCACGACCGUCACGACCGGGACUACGAACGCCGAGACCGCGACUACGAUCGCCGGGAACGCGACGGUGAUCGCCGAGACCGGGAGCGCUCGCGCGACCGCUCUCGUAGCCCUGAUGACCGGGAUCGCGAUGCCAAAGAUGACCGGGAGCGCCGCGAUGAAGACCGCGAACCCCGUGAAGAAGAUCGGGAGAAUGUCCCGAAUGGUGAAGACAGGAAAGGUGUGUAUCUGUCAUCCAAUGUGGAGGAUUUCGAAGACAGCAACUUAUCUGGAACAGUACCCCUGGAUCCCGUGCCUGCUGCUCAUGAUGAGCUUGAUACUGCUGAGUAG